UCCACAUUUGUAAUCUGAUUGUAACCAACAUCACAUCAUCCAAUUAGCCAUAAUUUUUAAGACAAAUUAUACUUCUAAUUUCUAUUUAUUUUUCCUCUCUCUUUCUGCGAAGGGCGAAGGGAACAAUAAUAAACCGUAGCAUAUCCUCCUCUUUCAUCCCUUUCUGGGAAAAAAGAAAACAAAAUUUAUGAAGAACAAUGUUUAGUACCAUUAAAAUCAAAUUUUAGUCAAGAACAAUUCAUGGGUAUUACUGGGUUAUUUCUGAAAUUGGUUGACUCAUUGAUUGAUUGAUUAAAGGAUUAAUCUUUUUUGUUUUUGAUUGAUUUAAAAAGGUGGGUUUAGUUAUGAGAUUCGUUAUUAUAAAUGGGUUCUUUUGGAGUUUUUGAGAAAGAAAGUACAAUGUCUGAAUUGGUUGCUCGAACUGGUCGCCAUCAACAACGCUAUGAAGAUGGUUGUCGCCUUGUUGCAGGGUGUAUCCCUUUUAGAUAUAGAAGUUGCGACGGAAGUGAUGGAACAGAAUUUGAGAAGCUUGUGGAAGUGCUUAUGAUCAACUCAACUAGUGGGCCUGGUCUUCUGUUUCCAAAGGGAGGCUGGGAAAAUGAUGAAACUGUUGAGGAGGCAGCACGACGUGAAGCAAUGGAAGAGGCUGGUGUGAAAGGCGACCUAUUGGAUUGUGUUGGAUACUACGACUUCAAGAGCAAAACCCUGCAAGACGAUUAUAGUCCAGAAGGUUUAUGCAAGGCGGCUAUGUUUGCGUUGCUUGUGAAAGAGGAACUCGAGUAUUGGCCUGAGCAGAGUACCCGCGAGCGGAAAUGGUUAACCAUAACUGAAGCGUUAGAAUGUUGCCGACACCCAUGGAUGCGGGAAGCCCUUGAAGAAGGUUUCAUGAAGUGGCAUGCAAACAGGGUCGCAAUCACCGAGUAAGAAGUCGAAUUUUCACGAGUUAUUUCAAGAUAUAUUUUCAGGGUUUUUGUUGGAGCUUUUUUCGUUGAAUUCCCUUUUCUGGGAAGGGAUGACAUCAUCAUCACGACAUCACCAUACCCAGUGUUUUACGCCCAUAGAAAAAAUGAUUAAGAUGAAAGGGAUGUCGUCUCUUUUUUUAGUUUUCUCUCUCUUUUAGAAAUCUAUUUUGCCUCGAGUGGUUUUAAAGUACAAAGAAAAGGCAUGUUGAGUUCCCCCAUGGCCCCAACUGUUUUUAGAGUUGUCUUAAUUUUGAUUUCCAUAAGAAAAUUGUACAUUGUGAAAAGGACUAUGGAGAUUAGACACAACUAAUUGCUCUGUUUUUUUUGGUUU